CUCUCUUUUCAACCUUAAAAGAGUAGUCUAAGGCAGCGGCUCAAUUAAUCUUCUGAAUUCCAAAACCAUACUCUUUUCUUUCAAUACAUCUCUGAAAAUGGCUUCAGCACAAGUUUCCCAAGUUCAAGCUUCCGUCCUUCCGUCGGAUAAUGAAAAUCGGCCCAAGGCAGAUUUUCAUCCCGGCAUUUGGGGUGAUAUGUUCCUCCAAUGUCCUAUCACGGAUAUUGAUGCUGCAACCGGAUUACAGUACGAAGAAUUGAAAGAGGAGGUGAGGAAGAUGAUUGUGGAACCUGUUGAGGAUUCAAACCAAAAGUUACCCUUCAUUGAUGCAGUUCAAAGAUUGGGUGUUAGCUAUCACUUUGAGAAAGAGAUCGAAGAUCAACUCGGGAAAAUAUACCAUGACAUCAAGACCAACGAUGUUGACAAUGAUCUCUACACCACUGCUCUUCGAUUCCGUUUACUUAGAGAGCACGGCUUCCGUGUUUCCUGCGACGCAUUCAACAAGUUCAGAGACGAGGAAGGGAAUUUCAAGGCAUCGUUGACGAGUGAUGUGCGAGGAUUGUUGGAGCUUUACGAAGCUUCGUAUAUGAGGAUCCAUGGGGAAGAUAUACUUGACGAAGCCAUUUCUUUCACCGCCGCUCAACUUACACUUGCAUUACCAACUCUAGACCAUCCUUUGUCGGAACAGGUCGACCAUGCCUUGAAACAGUCCAUCCGAAGGGGGUUGCCGAGGGUGGAGGCUCGAAAAUUCAUUUCCAUAUACGAAGAUGUCGAAUCCCAUAACAAACAACCUCAGUUUGCAAAGAUUGAUUUCAACUUGUUGCAACUUCUGCACAGGAAAGAGCUAAGUGAGAUCUGUAGGUGGUGGAAAGAUUUAGACUUUACGAGAAAACUUCCAUUUGCAAGAGACAGAGUGGUGGAAGGCUAUUUCUGGAUAAUGGGAGUUUACUUCGAACCCCAAUACUCCCUUGGGAGAAAGUUUUUGACAAAAGUCAUUGCCAUGGCUUCCAUUGUGGAUGAUACAUACGAUUCAUUUGCAACAUACGAUGAACUCAUUCCCUAUACAGAGGCUAUCCAAAGGUGGGAUCUUAAAUGCAUUGAUCAACUUCCGGAAUACAUGAAAAUAAGCUACAAGGCGCUGCUAGAUGUUUAUGAAGAAAUGGAACAACUAUUGACAGAUCAAGGGAGACAAUACCGUGUCGAGUACGCGAGAAAAGCAAUGAUACGUCUUGCUCAAGCUUACCUUCUGGAGGCCAAAUGGACACAGCAGAACUACAAACCAACAUUCGAGGAGUUUAGAGAUAAUGCACUGCCGACCUCCGGCUAUGCCAUGCUUGCUAUCACGGCGUUCGUUGGUAUGGGAGAUAUCAUAACCCCGGAGACCUUCGAAUGGGCAGCCAAUGACCCAAAGAUCAUCAAAGCUUCCACCAUCAUUUGCAGGUUCAUGGACGACAUCGCUGAACACAAGUUCAAGCAUAGGAGAGAAGACGAUUGCUCAGCCAUCGAGUGUUACAUGGAACAGUACCGCGUGACGGCGCAAGAAGCAUACGAUGAGUUCAACAAACACAUAGAAAGUUCAUGGAAAGACGUAAACGAAGAGUUCCUGAAACCCACAGAAAUGCCGACGCCGGUUCUUUGCCGGAGCCUCAACCUUGCCAGGGUUAUGGAUGUGCUUUACAGGGAAGGCGAUGGUUACACGCACGUCGGGAAAGCGGCUAAAGGCGGCAUCACUUCCCUGUUGAUCGACCCCAUCGCGCUUUGAAUAUGGAGAAGUUGGCGUCUCUAAUUUUCCAAGAAAUAAAAUUAAUGGAAUUUGUACUUUAUUAAAAGGAAAAGUAUGUGUUCAUCACC